GGCAACCUAAAGAGCGAAGAGAAACGGAGAAAAAAAGAGAGAGCAAUGGAGGCGAGGGUUUCAGGAGUGCCCGAAGACGAGGAGUCCGGCCUCCUCCCGCGCCAGUCGGCGGCGGCGGCAGCCGGCCGGCGACCUUCCUCCUCGUCCGCGUUCCCCCGCCGCGCGCCUCCGCCGGCGGUUUGGGCGACGGUGGACGGGCCCCUGGGGAUGCCACUGGAGGACGCGGAGGGCCACGCGCGGCGCUUCUUCCUGUGGGGCUUCGCGUGCCUCCCCUUCCUCUGGGCCAUUAACUUCUGCUACUUCUGGCCCGUGCUCCGCUCCCCUGCCGCCUCCUCGCCGCCCGCCUUCGCCUCCAUCCGCCCCUAUGUUGUGCGAUCCGUGAUUGGCUUUACCAUCUUCGCUGCUGUUCUUCUCACCUGGGCCACGACUUUCAUAGUCGGGGGUGAGCGGUUGUUCGGGCCAGCAUGGAACGAUCUCGUGAUGUACAACGUCGCGGACAAGCUCGGUCUCACCGGAUUCAUGGGGUAGCUUCUGUUGCACGCACGUCGGUUUCUGCGGACCAUCUUAUUCUCUCGCUGGCUGUACCUUGUGAUAUAGCAUUGAUGUUCUGUAAUAUGAGUCACUGGUUACAGACUGAAGUUUGGUGUGAGCCUUGAGUUGUAGUAGAAAGACGAAGAUGGGAUGCUCCUGACACUGUCAGUUUAUCACCUGGGCCUAGGACUGAAAGCCCAUAAGAAGCAAAUGAGGAAAUAUAAAGGGCCCAGCCCAGGUUCAGUUAGUC